AUGCAAACUAGUCUAGCUGAGCAUCCUCUUCCAACUUAUGGCUAUGCUUUAUUGUUUUCUAUUCUUGGUUACUUGGGUAUUGAUGUGGUUCUAAGUUUAAUUAAAGAGUAUGGUGCAUUAAUCUGUGUGACUGUGACGACAUGUCGAAAAGUUAUAACAAUUGUAUUAUCAUUUACAUUUUUUUCAAAACCAUUUGUUUUCGAUUAUGUUUGGUCCGGUUUAAUUGUUAUUCUUGGUAUUUAUCUCAAUGUUUAUAGUCGAAAUCAAACAGCAUUUAAUGCGAAAAUAUCAUCGUAUACUAAUAGUUUAUUAAGUUUAUUUCGGUAG